GAAAUAUUUUGUGUUUGUACAGAUACAUAUGGUUUCAUUCACACAUUCCUACAUGGACUCACCUUUCCUCUGAACUUGAGAUAGAUUUGGCAAGUACAUUUGAUGCCCGAAUGAUUAAAUAAUUCAGAAUAAGUAUUAAUAUGACAUUGCAAAAAGGCUUGUUUUAUUUUUGCAAAUGCAAGUCAUUCUGUGCUUAGAUUGAUAAGUUAAGCUACCUCAUGCAGUGACCCCAGGAGUUGCGGGGACAUUAGAAGUGUAGGCCAGGGAUGGGUGAGGUUGUAACAUAGGCAGACUACAUAGACCUAGAAAAAACCGAGGAAACGAUGUCCUCAGGCUUCCGCGGCCGCGGAGUCCUUAUUUAAUGCUACAUCCAUAUGAAAUUCUCCAGCCACCAAAUAAUUCCAUUAGCAUUUGAUUUUAUUCAUUCGUAACGUAAAAAAUUACGUGAGCUGGACGUAAUUGAUUUGAUUAAAUCAGUCCGUCAUUACCAUCGCUUGUCUCCACAUGUUCGGAUUGAAUCGCAAUGUCCAUUAAACACCUGCCCACCUUUCUUCUAAUCUACACCGCCACAACGCAAGGAGAUUUUCAAGUGAACCUCUUCACUCAACCGGGUUGCCAGGGGGAUGCUAACAGGAUACAAAUCCCGCAUGGAAAUUUGAAUCCUAAUCCGUUCCAAUGCACGGAAGUGGCGGGGGACAGGGGGAACUUUAACACGAGGUCGGUUUCCGUGGGGGGUAGUUCUGCCGGAAAUUCCUGCACGGGUGGAGUAAUCCUCUCCUCGCAACGCUACUGCGGCAUGACCGGCACCCAAUUCAACGUCCCCUGUUCCGGAGCGUGUGCAGAUGUCAAUUUAUCCGUGGGGAGCAUAAUGACGCCAAAUUCAAACUUAAGGCGGGCUUCUGACAGUACUACUCAACGGAUAUCUGCGCGACAAACUUUUUCUAGCACUGAUAACAAACCAAGUUUUCACGUGAACUUAUUUUCCCAACCGAACUGUGCCGGAAGGGCGAAUCGGAUUUCAAUCCUGCAAGAUUAUGGAAAUCCGAAUAAUUUUCAGUGCACCGAGGUGGCCGGAGAUCGCGGGAAUUUCGCCGCGAAAUCGGUACAAAUUGGAUUUAACGGGGUGACCUGUCAAGAUGUCACACUUUCUGAUAGAACUUAUUGCAGUGGGGGUAAAACUUAUCGGAUCCAGUGUGGAGAUGGGUGUGCCAAUGUCUACGUCACGGUGAGAAGUAUACUGCUCACGAAGAAUGUUGGUACGAAUGCGCCUGCGCAAAGGGUUGCAACCACGCGUGCGCCACAGCAACUCUCCUUUUCGAUGCAACAACGUGCCAUGAAUUUGGGCGUCGGGGAUCCAUCGCUGCUGGAGGUUAGUCUAUUUUCCGCCCCAAACUGCGGCGGGACAGCGAAUCACGUCUCUGUCCGGAGACAUUGGGCAAAUCCUAAUAACUUUCAGUGCACCGAGGUGGCCGGGCAGAGAGGGAACUUUUACACGAGAUCGGUGCAAACUGGGAGCUGUCAAGGAUUUUCGGUGACCCUUCAUCCCGCCACGCAGUGCACGAAAAGCAACAGUUUUCAGUUGGAGUGUGGAACCUGUGCUAAUGUUGAGUUAAGCGUGAAGAGUAUUUUGGUGGAGCGGGGACGGACCGGAAGUAGGCCGGCCGCAAUAACUCCCCCACCGCCAGUUCGCCCGGGAAAUGUGGAUUUGCCGCCACGUAGCGAAGAUUUGAGGAGCCCAAAUGAACAUUUCCCUCGCGACGAAAACGGAAACACCACUGGCAAGAAUAUCCUACGGCAUCGUUUCCACAUCUCGUACAAUUCCUUUGCCCCAGACGGAGUGACGGUGCCCCAUGUCCUCACCAUCAACAACCAUUUCCCUGGGCCCAUCCUGUACGGGACGGUUGGCGACACGAUGGAAGUGGUAGUCACGAACGGGAUACAAGACGGGCAAAAUGUGACCCUUCACUGGCACGGGAUACAUCAGAAGGGUACCCCAUUCCAGGAUGGGCCAUCGUUCGUCACCCAAUGUCCCAUUCGGGCCGGUCGGAGUCAAACUUACCGAUUCCCCCUCCGUCAAUCGGGAACCUAUUGGUACCACUCACACGUGGGGUCUCAGUACACGGAAGGAUUAUGGGGCGCCCUGGUAGUCCAGGGUCGGAGAAAGGUUUACAACUACGAUGCUGAAUUCACCAUCACGCUGAAUGACUGGUAUCACACGUCCGCCAAGGAGAAUGAGGAAUGGUUCUUGACCAGUAGGUCGGGGGGUUUUCCACCUUAUCCGUACUCCGCCUUGAUGAACGGGUUGGGACAGUAUGGUUGUGAAUUUACGAGUAAACCCUGCUCACCAGAGAAACAGCAGAGGCCCGUGUUUCAUUUGAAUCCGGGAAGGAUUUAUCGCAUCCGGCUGAUAAAUACGAGUGCCUGGACUUCCUUCAAUUUCGCGAUUGAUGGGCAUAAACUACUCCCUAUUGAGGUGGACGGGGUGGAUGUCAAGGUUGCCCAGGAGUUUUAUGGGAGUGAUGAUCCCGAUUCGGUUUUUAUCGGUCCAGGUCAACGGUAUUCCUUCCUCCUAAAGAAAAUCGGAGGUGGGAGCUACAAUAAACACGUGAUUCGCGCCAUCCUCCGGGAAGAUUUGAUUGGCAGUCCGCCCCACAACAUUAACGAAAAUAUUGCCUCCCUCAACCCGCUCGUGACCGGUCUAAUCGUAUACACAAACGAUGAACGACACCGUGAAGUCACCAUUGUGCCCAUGGACGUGGAAAAUUUCGACUACACUUCCUACAUUGCAAGGCCCCUUAUCCGGAACUAUAUUCAGUUGAAUGACUCCCACCUGGUUCCCCACGAUCGGAAGUCUGCCCCCCAAAGGACGGAUAAGGAAUAUGUGGUCACCGUGGUGAGAACGACGGACGAGAAUAAUGUGCAUCACGUUUCCUUUAACAAUUCCGCCUUCUCCCUGCCACAUGAUAGGCCUCUGUUGAUAAGCAUGAUGCGGAAUGUGACCCUGCCAGCGAGCUCUUUCCCGCUUUACAUAGAACACAACCAAGUGGUCCAGUUGGUCGUGAAUAAUCCUUCAUUUGGAGUGCAUCCUAUGCAUCUUCACGGCCAUACGUUUUGGGUUAUGGGGGCGGGAGAACCAGGGGAAGGUGACUACUCCCCGGAACGACAUAGGCUCAACCGGAACGGCCUGAGAAGGGAUACCGUGAUGGUGCAAGAGUGGAGUUGGUUGGUAAUCAAAUUCAUAGCGGAUAACCCAGGCGUGUGGGCAUUCCAUUGUCACAUUGAUUGGCAUAAUUUGGCCGGAAUGGCGCUCACAUUUGUGGAAGCCCCGGAUGUGGCUAGAGCCAAGCUAAGAGUGCCGGCAGAAACGAGGAAGGUUUGUAAGCAACAUGGGAUUAUAAUUUGAAUUGACCCGGUCAUUGGUCUCGUGCUACUUUGGGCUACAAUUCUACAUAUGUAGUUAUGUAUACCUUAGAAUUUGCACUGGAAAUUAAUCAGACGGUGGUUUCGCUAAGGUUUACUUUAUUGCGGGUUCAUACUAUAAAUUGAAUCCUCCUUUGUUAUAUAACUGAUUGAAUAAAAUGAUUACUUUAUACGUUGAGAGAUAAAUAUGUUAUAUUUCUAAAAUAAAUUGUUGUAACGUUAGAAAUAGCUCGCCCUGGGAAAAUAAUUUGAGUAUACAUAUGUAACUUAUUCUGAGCAAAGGUGCAGCACCAAUGGUGCAGUGUAAUCGGCCACAAUUGAUGCAUAAUGUUCAUAUAAUUUUGCACCAAUGGUGGUCAUCGCAUUGUUAGUAAUUUCUUCGUUGUUAGGUAUUUGCCUAACAAACAAAAAUAUGUAAUUUUUUUGUAUGCACUUUGGGUAAAGCUAUUCAAAUAUUCAGCUAAUCUAAAUUUUCACAAUAUAAGACUAAAACAU